AUGGGGAACAGCCAGUGCGUCCCCCAGGCCCCGCGAAGGCUCCGUGCCUCCUUUUCAAGGAAGCGCUCGCUGAAGGGCACCAGAGAGGAUGGCGCAAGGAGGCUGGCUGGCCUGUUUGGCAGCGAAGUUGGCCCGGACUGGGACACAGCGGCUGACAAGAUCUUCUACUACAUCCCGGGGACCGACAUCCCAAGCCUGGAGGGCCAGCAAGAAGCCCUGGAGCAGCCGUUCCUGAGUGUAUUCAAGAAGGGACGGUGGAAGGUGCCUGUGAGGAACGUAGGCAAGGUGUUGCACUAUGCCAAGGUCCAGCUGCGAUUCCAGCACAGCCAGGACACCAGCGACUGCUACCUGGAGCUGUUCCCCUCCCACGUCUACUUCCAGGCCCACGGCUCUAAUGGCCUCACAUUCCAGGGGCUGUUACCACUGACGGAGCUGAGCAUCUGCCCGGUGGAGGGGUCCGGAGAGCACGCCUUCCAGAUCACAGGCCCGCUGCCUUCCCCCCUCCUUGUGCUCUGUCCCAGCGCCGCUGAGCGUGCCCGCUGGCUCUACCACCUGGAGAAGCAGACGGCCCUUGCCGGGGGGCUGCAGCGCUGCCACUUAGCACCCCCACAGCGCCAGAUGAUGCAGCUGCGGACGGUGUCGGGACACGAGUCAGGGGGCAGCGCCACCUGUGCCUCGAGGGUCAAGCUGCAGCAUCUGCCCUCACAGGAGCUGUGUGACCGGCUCCUGGUCCUUUACCCAACCUCCCUGGCCAUCUUCUCUGAGGAACCAGAUGGGCUUUGCUUCAAGGGAGAGCUCCCACUCAGCGCUAUCCACAUCAACCUGGAGGAGAAGGGGAAGCAGAUCCGCUCUUUCCUGAUAGAAGGCCGCCUUAUCAACACCAUCCGUGUGGUAUGUGCCAGCUACGAGGACUACAGCCACUGGGUGCUCUGUCUCCGGACUGCCGCCCUCAGGGACGGGGGCCCCACCCUGCCGGGGCCAGGGCCGCAAAUACCCACGCAGGUUGCAGGAGGCGGCCGCGGUUCCCUCUCCUCAGAUGGACGGACCAGCUGGGGCUCGGGGUGCCCAGCAUCCCCCUCCACCCACACCAGUCACUCCUUCCCUGAGACCAUGCUGCUGCCGCCUGCAGGCUGCCCCACCCAGCCUCCACCUGACCAGGCUGACUCAGGCUUUGCCAGCAUCAGCCGCCGGAGGUCAGCGCUGAGACGAGGGGGCAGCAGCAGGUCACCCAAGAGCAAGGCCCAGGGAGCAGGACCUGGCCUGGUGGCCCCGCUGCACCUAGAUCUGGACCUGACCAAGCUGAGCAGGCUGAGCCUGGAGGGGGACCCAGAUGACCCUUUGGAGACGCCGCACUCCCCACUCUAUGCUGAUCCCUACACCCCACCUGCCACCUCCCACCACAAGAUCACAGAUGUCCGGGACCUGGACGAGUUCCUCAGCGCCAUGCAGAGCUCCCCCGGGCCAGAGCCAUGGAGUGCCUUCCCCACUGUCCCCGUGUCUGUGCCCGUCUCUGAUCCCAGCCCUGGCCCUUCUGGCCCCCUUGGCCCUCACCUGCUACCCAAGAAGGAAGCCCUGCAGGGCCGUGCCCCUCAGAGGCACCGAGGCUCCUUUAAGGGCCGGGGGCCAAGGCCCCCAGACUCCUCUCAGCUUGUCUCCACUUCAAGGGAAGGUUCACCUGACCCCCUGCGGCCUCCUCCAGCCGGCUGCUCUCCCCAGAGGCGUGCAGGCCCGAGCUACAACAGCGUCUGGGAGGAGGCUGCAGCGCCCUCCCGCCAGAAGUGGCCCCGGUCAGGCGCACCUGAGGCCAAGGAGGCCCUGACCCAGUGGAUCUGA